ACGGCAUGCACAUUUAAAACUCGUUAAAUUACAUAAAAAUAAUAGCAAAUUGCCACAGACAAAAAUGGCUGUGCGUUUUUUCAGCUUGGCGCUGAUUCCACACAUACGCCGUCUGCAGAAAUACGCACCAAAGCACUCUUUACAUCUAAAAAAAACACUCGGUGUUCAAACAGAGUUUCCAAAACUUGGCUGGCAGCAAACCCGCCUACUACACGUGCGUAUUACGGAUCAGGAUGCCGGUCUGCAGACAAAACGUGAGGCAAACAGACAGACAAAUCCUUUCCAAGACAAGAUUUUGGAUGAAGACCCAAGAGAACAGACCCCCAGACUGCGUGUGCAUAACAAGUUUAAGAGAUCGGAAAAUUUCGAAAAAGACACUGCAAAACCGGAUAAGCUGGAACAAAAAAAAGAAACAUUGAUCGACUUUGGUGAUCCGGAUACCUUCGGCGAUGCAAAGCUCAGCGGUAUUCAACCUGAAGACCCCGGUGAUGCGCAGGAGGAAGAAUUCAUUAGCAGACCAACGCGACACACAAGAAAACUUCGCACCAUAGAGUACGCUCGUCUGAUAAAGGAACAUUUAAAUGCGCAUCGCAUCAAUGACGCCCUUGCCGUGCUAGAGGUGCGCAUGUUGCGAGAGGAUCGUGUGAAGCCAGAAAACUACAUUUACAAUUUGCUUAUCAGCGGCUGCGCCAAGGCGGGCUACACUCGUAAAGCUUUCAGUCUGUACACUAAAAUGCGUCAACGUGGUCUUAAAGUUACCGGCGGCACCUACACUUCCCUCUUCAAUGCGUGCGCCAAUGCACCUUCACAGAUUGACGGCUUGGGCAAGGCGAGGCAGCUGCGAGAGAACAUGUUGGAAAAAGGUUACGAGCCGAAUGUAAAGAACUACAAUGCCAUGAUCAAGGCAUACGGUCGCUGUGGAGACAUAGAUACCGCCUACAUGCUGGCCGAUGAAAUGCUGGAACGUCAGCUGCCGUUGGACACGGAGAGCUUCAACUUUCUGCUGCAAGCGUGCGCCAGUGAUAAGCAACAUGGCUUCCGACAUGCGCUACUCACCUGGCAUAAGAUGCUGCAGCGUGGCAUAACUCCAGACUUUUACAGUUUUAAUGCCAUGCUGCGCUGUGUCCGAGACUGUGGCUUUGGGGAUCUAAAGUCCAUGCAGCAGGUGCUGGAACAAAUAACUCCGGGUGCGACUAACAGACCACUGCCGCCGGGCAAAGAGGGUCUGGAAGCAUCUCUGCCUGAUAGCGUGGCCAUUGCGCCCAGCUCUACGGAGGCUAAUCAGCUCGAAUUGGCGUCCCCAUCCACAGAACAACUGGAGCUGCCCAAUCUGCUGCUUCCACGCCCACAAUUAGGGAGUUUAGUUGCUUUGUCUGAAGUGACGCGUCCUCAUGAGCGAUUUCUAUUGCUGGGCGGCAUUACCGGUUAUCUGGAGUUAAUGAAGGUCCACAAAAUAACCCCGAACAUUGAAUGUUUUACAACCAUGCUUGAGGUCAUACCGCCCACUAAUGCAGCGGAGAAGCAACUGCUAAGCUUUGUGCGCAAGAUUGGCCUCAAAGCGGACAUUGAUUUCUUUAACAUACUGAUCAAGAAGCGCUCGAUGCGCUUCGAUUAUGAGAGCGCACGCGAGGUGUUGACUAUGAUACGCACUGCUGGCUUGAUGCCUGACAUUGUGACAUAUGGCGUACUAGCGCUGGGCUGCCGCACCCAGGAACAGGCCCGUGAGCUACUGCAGCAAAUGCAGGCAGCGGGCAUACGUAUGAAUAUGCCGAUAUUGGGCGCUAUGUUGCGGCAGGGCUGUGCACAGAAAUCAUUUACGUACAUCAACGAAAUCAUGCAACUUAGUCUGGAGGAGAGCAUAAAACCAAACGAAUCGUUCCUACGGCAUUUACAUAACUUUCACAGAGGCUGUGCCAGAGCCAUUGAUGCCAGGCACCCCUCAACAAAAACUGAGGCCUUUAAGAAGGGGCACUCAAAGUUCUGUGAUAAAUAUCGUCUGUUUUACGAGGAGCAUGGCCUGUCCGGCCUGAAGCUGGAAGAUGCCAUUGCCAAGCUGAAAGCCCGUCCGUAUGCACAAUACAAGGAAGCUCCUGUCACUGGCGUAGAACCAGCGAAGCACGAACAAGUGAAACGUAAAACAAAAAUCCGAAAAUAUAUUAAGAAAAUCAAAAUUAAUGAGCUGCAAGAUGAUCCGCCGGUAUCAGACCCAGUAAAACGAAUAGAAUAGGAUUAAAUGUAGACUAAAUUAACAUGUAAGUUUAACAUGGUUUAUUAAAGUAUUCGUUAAAUAUGAACGGCUAACCGA